GUCAAAGUGCUGAUGCAACAAUAGCAACAAUAUUGCAAGAUACUGAAUGGAGUGGACAAUGGUAUGAAUUGGAUCAAAAAGUAUAUGUAAAGUUAUAUAAUUCAUCGUUAUCAGAUUUUCAAAAAGCACUUGAAAUGAAGAUAGAAUG